UUUAGUAAUGAAGAGAUCUUUUGAGAUGCAUGGAACUCUAGAACUUAUCCAUCCCAGUGAACAAUGGGACUGUGCUCCGAUGAGCUUUAAGGCGAGGCAGUACACCGGAGUCGACAUCUCAGACUUUAUGGAGCAUGUAGCCAGGCAAUUAUCAGAAAACUCGGAGAAACACUGCAGAUGGCUUCUCAAUGGAAUCACUAUCUAAUGAAGCCUUCACGCCGUCUAUCCGGGAAUACCAUCCCCGGAAACUAGCAAGAACAUACUACAACAACAGCGACAUCGAUGGUGGCGAUGCGGAAGAGUUACAGUGGAUUAAUGGAACUCAGAGUUAUGAGAACAUGAUCAACAUGACCAAGAACAAAUCAGGCGGUCAUGAUCAUCAUCAUAAUGAUCAUCAACAAGGUCUGAGCCUGAUCACACUUUUAAUGGAGUGUGCAGUGGCAAUAUCAGUAGAUAAUUUGGAGGAAGCCAACAAGAUGUUGUUAGAGCUGACACAAAUAGCUUCACCUUACUCAGCUUCAUGUGCAGAGAGAGUUGUUGCUUACUUUGCCAAAGCCAUGGCUAGAAGAGUGAUGAGCUCUUGUUUAGGAGGUGGCACCAUCAUGUACUCUCCUCUACUCCAAACUAAAGCCAUUCUUUCAGCAUUCCAAACUUUCAACACAAUCUCACCAUUCAUCAAGUUUGCACACUUCACUGCAAACCAAGCAAUUCUUGAAGCUUUUCAUCAAAGAGACAGAGUCCACAUCAUUGAUCUAGACAUCAUGCAAGGCUUACAAUGGCCGGCUUUGUUUCACAUCCUCGCAACAAGGCCGGAAGGACCGCCUCACGUCCGCAUGACAGCUAUGGGAACCUCUUAUGAAGCACUAGAAGAAACCGGAAGGCAACUCUCCGGCUUCGCUCGCCGUCUCGGCAUAUCUUUUGAGUUCCACCCAGUAGGGAGAAAGCCCGGAGAUGUCGAUCCGGCCAUGGUUCAAACACGAAGAGGCGAAACAAUAGCAGUGCAUUGGCUUCAACACUCGCUCUACGACGCCAUUGGAGUUAAUUGGAAGACAAUGAGACUCUUGGAGAUAAUAGCUCCAAGAGUGAUAACUCUAGUUGAACAAGAGAUGCCACCACAUUCAGGGCAAUUCUUGGAACGUUUUGUUGGAGCACUCCAUUAUUAUUCUACAAUCUUUGAUUCUUUAGGAGCUACACUUGGUUGUGAAGAUGUGAAUAGGCAUAAGGUUGAGCACUGGAUGUUGGAAAGGGAGAUAAAUAAUGUGUUGGCUGUGGGAGGUGCAGGAGAGGAGGAGAUGUUUGGGAGCUGGAGGACGGAGCUAGUGCGGAGAGGGUUUGCACAAGUGCCUAUGAGUGGGAACUCAAUGACACAGGCUCAGCUUAUAUUGAAUAUGUUCCCUGCCAUGCAUGGGUACACCAUUCAGCAAGGUGAUGGCACUUUGAGGCUUGGAUGGAAGGAGACUGGGUUGUAUACUGCUUCUGUUUGGACGUCACCGAGGUUGAUGAGGUAUAGUAGGAGUGAUUGAUUACGUGCAUGCAUGCAUGCAGCUGGGUUAAUUAAGUGAUUAAUGAUUGGGGAUAUUAAUGCAUGGGUUGUGUUUGAUCUUGUUGUAAUUUACUUGGUGAUUAUGAUUAUGAUUAUGAUUAUGGUUAUAGGGUGGUGUUGGAUUCAUGGAUUGGGAUAUUAUAUAUUUUUGUGUUUGAAAUUGUUGAGGAAAUGGAGUUAAUUUGAGCAAGAUGAUGGAAUAGAUGAGAUCGUUUGGAAUUGAUGACCAUUGUUAACG